AUGGAGAAUGAUAUCUUAGAGGCUCUGUUAUCUGUCACCUUGUUGGCAUUUGCCACAACAACCUGUUCCCUCCUUAUAACUUGCUUCAUAGUCCACACUUACCGCCGGUUCCUCUCUAACUCCUCCUCCUCCUUGAGCGAAAGGGAGAACCUUCGAUAUGACGUCGACACAAUGAUGGUGGAGGAGGAGGAGGCUCCACAGGGCUUACAUGAGUUUGUUAUAAAUCUUAUUCCGUCUUUCAUCUACAAUACUACUACUAAGUCUGAACAAGAAACUUGUUCCGUUUGCUUGACUGAAUUCAAAGAUAAUGAUCAUGUUCGUACCCUCCCUCUUUGCUCCCACAUUUUUCAUCACGAUUGCAUUGAUGUUUGGCUUCGUUCAAACACUAACUGUCCUCUAUGUCGCUCCCUUAUUUGCUGUCAUCUCUGUUGUUUACUUACAUCCAUCGCCAACAAGGACGGACGGGUGGACUUUCCCGUCUUACCCCCUUAUUCAUUUGCUUCUGAGCGAAGCUUGUAG